CAUCCCCUUUAUUUAUAGCCAGAAAGAAGGCAGCAUGACUGUGGAGACCCUACCUGUUUGCCCAAGGGAAUACACGGCGACAUGGAAAUUAAUAUAGAUAUGCGACAUGGAGAGGAAGAGAUGUAUAGUUACAAAUCAACGGAGCGAUCCAUGCAGGACAGGAGCAUUAGGAGACUUCAGUGGGCCGUUAGCUGCUGUCUGCUGGGACUGUGCAUUUUAACCGCGCUCUCUGUUUAUCAAAUGGUUGGGGGUUAUCUAUGGCAUAAAGAAGAGAAGAUUUCAAGUGCAAAAAUGAGUGAGUUGAAACAUACAACUUCAGGCGGGAAAACUUUUUAUCUGGCGGAAGAACCUAAAGCUCAUUUGACAGGUACCAAACAAGAUUCAAAUUCCAAGGUGGACACUCUGAAGUGGGAAGACAGUCGUGGACUGGCAUUCACCAAACAUGGAAUGACAUAUAAUAACCGAUCACUGCACAUUCCAAAAACAGGAUAUUAUUUUCUAUAUUCUCAAGUGUCCUUUCGUGCAGACGGUCUUCGAAAAUUAGAAUAUGUGAAACAGACAAUCUUAAAGACCAGUGCCAAUUACCCUGUUCCAGAGUCACUUCUUACUGGAACAAGGUCACUUAAAGACAGUGAUGAAUACCAAACAAUCUAUCUAGGAGGACUGUUCUAUCUGAGAGCAAGAGAAAUGCUGAAGGUAAAUGUAAGUCACAUCCAACUGGUUGAUGUUAGAGUAGAUGACAGGACUUUCUUUGGUGCAUAUCUUGUGUGA